AUGGAGCCGGUACAGCCGUCGAAAGAUGAUGCUGCCGUCAAUGCGGAGAAGAAAGAAUCAAUAACCGGUAGUAGGUCGGAUUCCGCACAGGAAGCGAAAAUGCAAAUAUCUAUUACGGCAGUUGAAGCGGUAGGAUUGGUUUGCUGCCUUUUUACUCCUCUUGAUCGCUCUACAGAACAGCAGAUGGCCUACAUGUUUCAGGAAUUCGACUCGCAAGACAUCGACGACAUUGAAGACACUUUUUAUUACAGAAUCGGUCUCAGUAUUCUUCUGCUCACACUGGCAAAUCAAAACGUGGCGAUUCACAAUGGUUAUUACCUGCUUAGUCAUAUGACAAAACUAACUGAUGAUAUCGGACCGAUUAUCGAUUGCAUACAAAGUACCUACGUCGGCCAUUCAAAGCGAUGCGAGUCACUCUUUAACAACAAACUGUGUAUUGAUCAAAAUCAAGGUAAUGUGUUCGUGGAUGGUCAAUGCAUUAACGUUACAGGAAAGGGAACCCGUGUCGAAAGGGCCUAUGGGACGGAAUCUGCCGUUAUCGCUUAUUUAACUUGUAUUUAUGCAGUGUCUUCACAGGUGUCAUCUGGAGUAUGCCAUCCUUAG